GCCGUGCUUAUGGGAAAAACUACUUAUGGGGCAGGGCACUCCGCAAGAGGUCAUUCCCCGUUCCGUCAUCCUCCCGACAGGACAGGUUCGACCCGCUGUCGGGUUACACCGCCCACAUCUUACCCCGGCGCGGCCGUCUCGGGAGGCGCCGAGCCUGUGCCGCAAUAGCAGCGCCUUCCUGGCAGCCGCACCGGCGGGAGGGGGCCCCGCUGCCCGGGGCCGAGCCCGGCGGGCCCGUCCCCGGGCCGGCCCCGGCGCGGCCGCCUUUGUUCCGCAGGGCCCCACGUGCAGCGGCGGCCGCGGUGUGUGCGGUGUGUGCGGUGUGUGCGGUGUGUGCGGUGUGCGCGGUGUGUGCGGUGUGCGCGGUGUGUGCGGUGUGUGCGGGGCGGCAGAACCCCCCGCGCCGGGACCCCGGGCUGGCCCUUUAAACCUGCCGUGGCGGCGCGGCCAGGCCGGUGCGGGACACGUGAGGCGGCGGCGCGUUCUGCCGCCGCUGCCCCGGCUGCCGUGCUGCUCGUGUUUUAUCUGGCCGGCCGCCAGGCCCCCAUCGCCGGGUUUUCUCUCUGCCUCCUCCUUUUUUUUUUUUUUUUUUUUUUUUCCGCACAGCCCCCUCCUGGUUUUUCCACCCACGGGUAAAAGUGGCUUUUCUUUUCCUCUUUUUUUUUUUUUCUUUUAACCCUCAUCCUAGUUUAGUCCGUGGGCAGGACUCGCAUAAUAAUAUUUCCAGUCUCAGCAACUCGCAUCACAGACACGAACUCAGGACCGCCCCCCCCCUUUUUUUCCUCCCAAUCUCCCAAAUCGUUUUAUUAUUAUUUUUUAAGUGAUCGCUCCUUUUGCGCGCUGCUCCUGCUGCUGCCGAAAUCCCCAUCUUCCCAGGGUGCAUGCUUUUGGCAAGAUUGUGCAGUGUUCUCAGUCCAUUUUCAGUGUGUCUUAUCUUAAUUUGUCCUGAUCCGAUCUAAGCGCGAUAGCCACCACUUGCUUUCAAUUUGUUGGAUUUUUCCCCCCUUCUUGGUUUGCUCCCGACUACCCUCGGAGUAUUUCCCUCUCUCCUUCUAUUUCCAGGGUUGCAACUUACUCUGCCUUUUCUUCUUUUUUUUUUCCUCCCCUCUUUUGAAUUGCUUCAUGUUACUAAUCAUUCCUAAAUUGUAAGAGAGAUUAAUUCCCCCUCCUCUUCCACCACCACCAGCACCACUACCACCAUCACCUCCUCCUCCUCCUCCUUCUCCCCUUCUCUUCUCCUUUUUGGCAGCACCAGGACGUCCGGUGUGGUGGUGGCAGCGAGCAGCAAAAGCAGCAAGAGCUCGUUUUGAUUCCUCCCCUUCCAAGGUGCUUUGGAGAGACUGGUUUCAGGCUGAGCAGCAGAAAUCACGAUGAGUGCACAAGGUGAGGGACCCGGUCAGCCUUCCACUGCUGCCCAGGAUCAACCUGCAACCGCAGAGCUUCAGAAGAGAGGACGAGGCAGACCCAGGAAACAAACAGAAGAACCAACUGGUGAACCAUCUCCUAAAAGACCAAGAGGAAGACCCAAAGGAAGCAAAAAUAAGAGUCCCUCUAAAGCAGCUCAGAAGGGAGCAGAAGCCGCUGGUGAAAAGCGACCCAGAGGCCGACCCAGAAAAUGGCCUCAACAAGUGGUUCAAAAGAAGCCUGGUCAGGAAGAGACUGAAGAAACGUCCUCACAAGAGUCUGCAGAGGAAGACUAGGACACCGCACCAUGCAAUUUCUACCUCAUCAGCAGUCUUUUGAAGGGAGAAGACACUGCCUUGACCACUUACUUUCUGUUGCCAUGAUCUUUCCACUUUUGCCUGAAAGGGGAUGGGGGGGGAGGGGAGGGGAAUCACAUAACCUUAAAAAGGAUUUGACUAAUCAUCUUUGUAAUCCCUUCACAGUCCCAGGUUUAGUGAAAAACUGCUGUAACAGAAAGGGGACACAGAUUAACGAUGCAACUUUUAAUUACUGUUUUCUUUUUUCCUAUUAAUAGUUUGUUUGAGUUGCUAAGUAAGGGUGAAUGGGUCCAGAAGAGCUCCAAAUCAGGUUUAUGUCAUCACUGCACUGCAUAUAAACAAGAAACUUGUAACAUAGUCAUUACAAUGGGCAUUGAAAUAGGAAAGGCUGAGUGUUGUAACACUUAUGCCUUGCAGACACUUCCAGCAACCCACUCCCUACUUAGUGAACUCCCUGUUUUAGAUCACCAAAGAUAAGGAUAGAUACUACUCUUUUUCUUUUGUAACCUUCUUGUAGACUUGUACUUGAUUUUUUAUUUUUUUGAUAAGACUUACUGUUAUUUCAGGAAAAAAAUGAAAGAUGAUCUUUCACUUCAUUCAGCUGGUAAUCAGAAGAAAGAAAUCAACACGAAAAUGGUACUUUCAUUUUGCAAAAGGGAAGAAAGACAAAGAUACAUUGUAUGGUUAUAGAUACAAACAUAUCAGCAGAAAUAGUAGUAAACAAAAUGAACAGCCCUUAUCACCUGGAUAAUAGGAAGCCAGGGAGUUGGCUCUCUAUAGAGCGAGGCAUUCUCUGUGGAAACAAAAAUGACUGACACCAAACUCUCUUAUGCCAUUAAUGACUAAGUCUUUAUCGAUAAAAGUGUUUUAAAACAUACAGAAUGGUACCUAAAAAUUAAUCACACAUUUAUCUGAACAAAAAUAAUCCAGAUUUUUGCUUUGUUUUAACUAAUUUCCCUCACCCUGUACCAGUAUUUUGAAAGAAUUGAAUAUCUCCUCAUUACACAUCAGUCACAAUGUUAGAACCAACACCAUGUACCUCAACUAAGCUCGUGCAUUACCUUAAGCAAUGUAUUUUGACAUAGGAUGGUUCACUGAGCACCUCUGUGCCAGUGGCAUUUCUCCAUCUUUUCAUUCAAAGCAGCACUUUUAGCACCAGAUGCAAUAUUACCCCACUAUUCAAUACUACCUCUGAUUUUUUACAAAUAACUCAACAGACUGUUAAAUACAUGCUGCUAUACACAUUCAAUGCAGGAAAUUUUUAUUGGGUAGAUAAUAAUGAGUAUCUGCAUUCUCCCUUUCUUUCUAUUUCAACAUUAUUUGCAGUUAAGGAAGCAGUGUUUUUUUUUGUGUUUCAGCAUGACUGUGUUUUUCUUUUCGCUUGAUUUGUUUGGGUUUUUUUCUUUCUGUGUGGAUUUUGGGGGUUUUUUUGUUUUGUUUUGUUUUAUGUACUUACCCUAUUCUCUGCUAGACUUCUGUGUAAUGUACUGUUAACUUGAAUAUAUUUUUGUACUGAAUUGCUGAGAGGUUUGUGGGAUAAUUUUCUUCAGUGACACUACAUGACAUAGAAAAAAUUUAGCUGUAAUGUUAAAUAUUACUGUCCAAGUUUGUACCUCAAAUGAAUUGUUUAAAGGAAUGGACUAAUUGAUUGACAAAGACCUACCUCCAGACUUUAAAUGGAAUGAACUUGUUACUUUCAGCAUUAGUUUUGAGAUGUUUGAAACGGUUAGGACUGCAACUAAUCCCUAGUUCAAAACUAUUUUUGUAAAAUAACUUGUGGAAAAUGAACACAUUUUAAAUUACUUUCAUAUUAAAAAAAAAAACUAACAAAAAAAACCUUCAAAGAAACUUGAAGCUUUGUAGGUGGAAAGCAGCAAGCUCAGCUUUUGCAUAAUGCAAUCACAAAUAUGUGUUUAAAAAAAAAAUUAGUAGAUUGUAAGAAAAUACUUGACAAGUAUUUUCAUGUAUUUUAGACAUAUGUGAUUUUGUAAUGUUUCAGCCAGAUUUAUUUUAAAUGCUUCUAAUGUAGAGGUUUUUUAUUCUCCCCUCUCUGACUUUUGUUAUUCCUUCUUUCUCUCUCUCCUCCCUCCAAUUUCAUUUUUCUCUAUUUCUGUUUUAUUUCCCUUCUUCUUCUCUUUCCUAGUCAGUACUUUGUACCAUUGUAUUAAUAACUGGGCCGGGGUAGUUUCUCAGGAAGGCAUCCUUUGGUAUGGCUUUAGUACUGAGCCAAAUGCAGUUAAAGAUAACUACUUACUGGCUUCUUCCAAGAGGCAGUGUCAAGAAAUGCAGACCUCCUUGAAAGACUGAGAGUUCAGUAGUGGAAGUUGCUGAGAAAGAGCUGAUCGGAGUAUCACAACUAGACACGUUAAUAUUAAGUAAAAGAGAAAUCCUAGCUAUACAGUAGCUCUAACAGGCCAAUUCCAGUGUCACUUUAAGGCAGUAAAAGGAAUUCUGCUGACAUCAAAGGGCAUUGAAUCAAGCCUUAGCAAGUCCCUUUUAGGAUUUAAGGGGUUUUUUUUGCAUUUUCUAAAACCACGGUAUUCAGUGGAUGACACAGAAAUAAUUGCUGGGUGUAUGUCACUCUUCAACCUCCGAGAGACUUACCACUCUGAUGAACUGAAUCAUACAUUUUCUAUAUAUUGUAGUACAAUCAAAACACAUUACUACCUCUUAGGGCCUACUAUACCUCAUUUUUUCAGACUGAAAAAUUGCAUGUGGCCAUUGACUCAGUGAGAACAUCAUAAAAUUUUUUUAUAUGUAUAGUUUAUUUUUGUGGGAGAUAAAUUUUAUACGACUGUUCUUUGCUGUUAUUGGUCACUGCUAACUAUGACUGGACAUGUAACUCUUCUACCAUUUCUGCAAGAGAGGUGUGUUUGCAGGAAAAAAAAAAUCACUUCAAGAUGUUUAACUACAGUGUACUUUUGCUUUUGAGCAUCUUCUAACUUUUUGCUUUGUUCUUCAUGUAGAGUUGCUGUCUAUGAUUGUACUUCAAAUCGCUUGCUUGUUGAAAAUGUUCCUUUAAUGGAUUAUCACAGUCUGUUCAGCACAAUAAACAUAAUAGCCUCUGUGAUCCCCAUGUUGUUUGAUUCCUAAACUUUUGUCACAGUUCCAUAAAAUGAGUAAUAAAGUUUGGUCACAAUGACCAAAUUUGUAAAAUCUUU